AUGGACGCUGGUGUGAAGUCGUACUGGGCACCGCUCAUCCACGACAGCCCCGAGUACCAAGCUCGUAGGGCCCGUCCGUUCCAGCCUCCCAACCUCUCCAUCAAGGACAUUCACGCCGCGGUCCCUCGCCAUCUCUUCGAGAAGAGCACACUCAAGAGCCUCAUCUAUGUCGGACGUCAUGUUGCCCUCACCAUUGGGUUCUAUGUAUUUGCUACCCAUAUUGGAUCGCUGGCGGGUCAGUUGUGUGCGGUUGUCGGGUGUGUGGGUAGGAUCGGGCCUUUGCUGGAGCUUUGCUUGUGGGCCGCGUAUUGGUUCUGGCAGAGCGUCCUCUUCACUGGCCUGUGGACGUUGGGACAUGAGUGCGGACAUGGCGCGCUCUUCCCCGCUGGCUGGGUGAACACCGUGCUCGGCCUUACUCUGCACACCACCGUACUCACGCCGUACUUCGCCUGGCGCGUCACCCACCGCUCUCACCAUAAAGGCACGAACCACCUCGCGCGCGACGAGACGUACCACCCGCCGACUCGUACGGACCUGCGUCUCCCGUCCGAGAGCGAGGCACGAGCGAUCGACUACAAGACGAUGAUCGAGGAGACUCCCGCGUUUACGCUGUUCAAGAUGGUGAUCCGGCAGUUCUUAGGCUUCCAGUUGUACCUGAUACAUAAUCGCAAGGGCAACCCGAAAUACCCCAAGUGGACGAGCCACUACAACCCCUCCGCGAAGCUCUUCAAGCCUGAGGACCGCGAUGCGAUCAUUGUAUCGGACAUGACGAUCGGCGCGAUGCUGGUCUUUAUCGGCAUGUGGGCGUAUACGACGAGCUGGGGAAACGUAUGGAGGCUGUACUUCGUGCCGUGGCUGUGGGCGCAUAACUGGAUCGUCAUGUUCACGUACUUGCAGCACAGCGACCCGACAGUCCCUUACUAUCGCGAGAAUCAAUGGACGUUCCUCCGCGGCGCGCUCGCCACCGUCGACAGGCCUGUCUUCGGGUGGAUCGGACGCGUCUUCUGGCACGGGAUCGCGCACGACCAUAUUGCUCACCACCUCUUCGUCUCUGUCCCGUUCUAUAACCUCCCUCAGGUGACCCAGGCAAUCCGCCCCGUGCUUGGGGCGCACUACAACUACGACUCCACGCCCACGAUCUACGCUCUCUGGCGCUCGUUCACGCAGUGCACGUUCGUGGAGCCGGACGGCGAUAUUGUUUUCUUCAAGAACCAGCAGGGGAAGGUGGGGCGUGAGUGCGUGUGGGAUGCGGUGGAGAAGACUGCAGAGGGAGAGGCUGAGAUGGACUGA